GUUUGAAAACACUUACGGGCGCAUGCAAUUAGUAUUCUACUUCCUUGGAAAUAACAUCAACAUAACCAGCCGUCAUUAUGAAAUUCUUGAUUGUUUUUGCCACCUUCGCUGUUAUGGCUUUGGCCGCCCCAGCCCAUGAUGAUCAUCAUGAACAUGCAGAAAUCUUGAAACUUGAUUCAGUUGUUGAUCAUGAUGGCUAUAAAUUUGUCUUGGAAACCAGCGACGGCACUGAACGCCACGAAGAAGGUAAACUCAAGGAAUUCCCUGGCGAUGAACACGAUCAUGAAUCCCAUCAUGCCAUCAUUGUUCACGGUGACUACACCUGGAAGGAUCAUCAUGAUGGCAAGGUAUAUUCCGUACAAUAUGUUGCCGAUGAGAAAGGUUUCCAACCUACUGGCGAUCAUAUUCCUCAUAACUAAAAUGAAAAGUUGUUUAUUUUCUUGCUGGAAGAGCAACAAAUAAAUUGUUAUUAUUUUUUGCAAAUAUAA